CCAGGCCCGCGGCUGCCCCGGUGUCCUCGCGCCGCUCGUCCGCGCGCAACCUGGCAGUUUGCCUCUUCCUCGUCCUCCAGCCUGCGUUCAUGGCCACCGCGGCGGCCGAGGAGCCCUUCCCCUUCCACGGCCUCCUGCCCAAGAAAGAGACCGGGGCCGCCUCCUUCCUCUGUCGCUACCCGGAGUAUGACGGGCGGGGGGUGCUCAUCGCCGUCCUGGACACGGGGGUCGACCCCGGGGCUCCGGGCAUGCAGGUUACAACUGAUGGAAAACCAAAAAUCAUUGAUAUCAUUGAUACCACAGGAAGUGGUGAUGUGAAUACUGCUACAGUGGUGGAGCCCAAAGAUGGCGAGGUUGUCGGUCUUUCAGGAAGAGCACUCAAGAUUCCUGUGAGCUGGACAAAUCCCUCAGGCAAAUAUCAUAUUGGCAUCAAAAAUGGCUAUGAUUUCUAUCCAAAGGCACUCAAAGAAAGGAUACAGAAAGAACGGAAGGAAAAAAUCUGGGAUCCUGUUCACAGGGUGGCCCUUGCAGAAGCCUGUAGAAAACAAGAAGAAUUUGAUGUUGCCAACAAUUGCCCUUCUCAAGCAAAUAAACUAAUCAAGGAGGAACUUCAAAGUCAAGUAGAAUUGCUAAAUUCUUUUGAGAAAAAAUACAGUGAUCCUGGCCCUGUGUAUGACUGCUUGGUGUGGCAUGACGGUGAAGCCUGGAGAGCCUGCAUUGAUUCGAAUGAAGAUGGGGAUUUGAGUAAAUCUACCGUAUUGCGAAACUACAAAGAGGCCCAAGAAUAUGGUUCCUUUGGCACAGCUGAGAUGUUAAAUUACUCUGUUAAUAUAUAUGAUGAUGGAAACCUGCUCUCCAUUGUGACCAGUGGAGGAGCUCAUGGAACACACGUAGCUAGUAUAGCCGCUGGGCAUUUUCCAGAAGAACCUGAACGGAAUGGUGUAGCUCCCGGUGCUCAGAUUCUUUCCAUCAAGAUCGGUGAUACCCGACUGAGCACGAUGGAAACAGGCACGGGCCUCAUACGCGCCAUGAUAGAAGUCAUAAAUCAUAAGUGUGAUCUUGUCAACUACAGCUAUGGAGAAGCAACUCACUGGCCAAAUUCUGGGAGAAUUUGUGAAGUAAUCAGUGAAGCAGUGUGGAAGCAUAACAUCAUUUACGUUUCAAGCGCUGGGAAUAACGGUCCAUGUCUUUCUACGGUCGGCUGUCCGGGUGGAACGACAUCCAGUGUCAUAGGUGUUGGUGCAUAUGUUUCUCCCGAUAUGAUGGUUGCUGAGUAUUCUCUGAGAGAGAAAUUACCAGCAAAUCAGUACACAUGGUCUUCAAGAGGCCCCAGUGCUGAUGGGGCCCUCGGAGUAAGUGUCAGCGCGCCCGGAGGAGCCAUUGCUUCUGUUCCCAACUGGACGUUGAGAGGAACUCAGCUAAUGAACGGGACAUCCAUGUCUUCUCCCAAUGCGUGUGGGGGCAUCGCCCUGAUACUUUCGGGUCUGAAAGCUAAUAACGUUAACUACACGGUUCAUUCAGUCAGAAGAGCUCUAGAAAAUACUGCAGUAAAGGCUGACAAUAUAGAAGUAUUUGCCCAAGGACAUGGUAUUAUUCAGGUUGAUAAAGCCUAUGACUACCUCGUUCAGAAUACAUCAUUUGCUAAUAAAUUAGGUUUCACUGUUACUGUUGGAAAUAACCGCGGCAUCUACCUCCGAGACCCUGUUCAGGUGGCUGCACCUUCAGAUCAUGGCGUUGGCGUUGAACCUGUGUUUCCGGAAAAUACCGAAAACGCUGAAAAAAUAUCCCUUCAGCUUCAUUUAGCUUUAACUUCAAAUUCAUCUUGGGUUCAGUGUCCCAGCCAUUUGGAACUCAUGAAUCAAUGUAGACACAUAAACAUACGUGUGGAUCCCAGGGGCUUAAGAGAAGGAUUACAUUAUACAGAGGUAUGUGGCUAUGAUAUAGCAUCCCCUAAUGCAGGUCCUCUGUUCAGAGUUCCAAUCACUGCAGUUAUAGCAACCAAAGUAAACGAAUCGUCACAUUAUGAUCUAGCCUUGACAGAUGUACAUUUUAAACCUGGUCAGAUUCGAAGGCAUUUUAUUGAGGUUCCUGAGGGUGCAACAUGGGCUGAAGUUACUGUGUGUUCGUGUUCUUCUGAGGUGUCAGCCAAGUUUGUUCUUCAUGCGGUGCAGCUUGUGAAGCAAAGAGCGUAUCGAAGUCAUGAAUUCUAUAAGUUUUGUUCCCUUCCAGAAAAAGGAACACUGACUGAAGCUUUUCCUGUCUUAGGUGGGAAAGCAAUUGAGUUUUGCAUUGCUCGUUGGUGGGCAAGUCUUAGUGAUGUCAAUAUUGAUUAUACCAUUUCUUUCCAUGGAAUAGUGUGUACUGCUCCUCAGUUAAACAUUCAUGCGUCGGAAGGAAUCAAUCGUUUUGAUGUUCAGUCCUCCUUGAAGUAUGAAGAUCUGGCUCCCUGCAUAACUUUGAAGAGCUGGGUCCAGACCCUCCGCCCACUGAGUGCAAAAACAAAACCUUUAGGAUCACGAGAUGUUUUGCCAAAUAAUCGUCAGCUUUAUGAGAUGAUCCUGACUUAUAACUUUCAUCAGCCCAAGAGUGGGGAAGUAACUCCAAGCUGCCCACUACUUUGUGAACUAUUAUAUGAAUCAGAAUUUGACAGCCAACUGUGGAUUAUAUUUGACCAGAACAAAAGACAAAUGGGUUCAGGAGAUGCCUAUCCACAUCAGUAUUCUUUGAAACUGGAGAAAGGAGAUUAUACAAUUCGACUACAGAUUCGUCAUGAGCAGAUCAGCGAUUUGGAACGUCUUAAAGAUCUCCCAUUCAUUGUUUCUCAUAGGUUGUCUAAUACCUUGAGCUUAGAUAUUCAUGAAAAUCAUAGCCUUGCACUUCUAGGAAAGAAGAAAUCAAGUAAUUUGACAUUACCACCCAAAUAUAACCAACCAUUCUUUGUUACCUCCCUACCUGAUGACAAAAUACCUAAAGGGGCAGGACCUGGAUGCUACCUUGCAGGAUCCUUAACAUUAUCAAAGACUGAACUUGGGAAGAAAGCUGGGCAGUCUGCAGCAAAACGACAAGGAAAAUUUAAAAAGACACUUUUCGCCCCAGCACCUAGGAAAGUGAACUCAAGAGGAGGGAAGAAGGAUGGGUAGCAGGGUCCUGAGGAGCUUGCCCAAGCAGAACCCUGCUUCUUUUGCCCCAUCCCACACUGCACAUGCGACCUUGGCUUGCAGGCGCUGGCUCCUGGCCUCAGACAGAGCAUGGCACUGACAUGGCUGAAAGCGGAUUUGUGUGGUUAUGUCACAUGAGUGGUUUUAUGUGUGUUAAAGGAGUCAUACUGAAGUAGUAGGUACUGUUUUAUGUUGGAAUGCUGUUAGAACUACUGCAACAGUAGUUCCUUAUAUUUACUAUUAUAAUUUUACCCCAAAAUAAAAUUUAGUUGUGAAAAUUGUUAACAUGUGCAUAAGUAUGCUGUAUUUACACCUAAAAAUCCUAUUUAGGGGAAGGUGGGGGCUUACAAUACUAUUUUUUUGUCUCAACCUGUGUAAAGUUUUUUUUCUGAAAUUACUGAGAUUAGGAGAGUAAAAGUCUUGGUACGUAUUUUUUUCCCCGAUUUUAGAAAUUUUGUUGAUUAAAACAAAAAAGGUUUUAAUUUAGCAUUUUUAAUGUAAACUUAAAGCUAGAAUUGGUGAAAUUGACUUCGCGAUUUAAUUAAGGAUACCUGGUUAUUGUGCCAGAACCAGAUCUAGCGAGUCUGAACAGGAUUUCAUUUCCCAGAUACUGCGUUAGUUUUUGCAAGUGGAGACUUAUGUGCUUUAACAGAAUAGAUGGAAAUAGAUGUAAUUAGAUGUAAUUACACAUUUCUCUGCUCUUUUCAAAGCAGAACUUCUCAAAGGAACUAUCUAAGCUUCUUUACUUCCUGUUCUCUCUGCAUCUCUUUCUCGGUCAGCCCUCACCCCCGCUCUGCACAGAGACCGCGUCUCUUGUCGUGGGGACCAGCCACGGCUGCCCGGUUCUGUGGCCGCGCCCUCCUCUCCCUGGCACCACCUCCACGACUGCCACUGGUUGACCUCUCCUCUUUCUUUCCAUUGGCUCCUCCGCGGAGCCCGUCUGGCGUCUGUCUCCUUCACUGCUGGGCAUCUUUGAGACCGCAGAAUGCCUUGGAUCAAGGCCUGGGCUUCCUCUUCCCCUCCCCCAGUCCUGCCCAGUUUUAUUUAGCCCCUCAUUUUAAACACCAUCAGUAAGUACUGUCGGUUCUGCCGUCACAAUUUCUAAAUCCGUCCACUUCCUCCUCUUGUACAGCCUGUUCUUCAGAUCUAAAGAUCAGAGCAGUGCUGGGAGUCUGGGCUCGCUUCCUAACUUGUCUUCUUCCUUCUCGACUUCUGCCCUCUAUCGUCCAUUCUCCAAAUAGUAGGAAGAACAUGUUUCAUGAAGUUAUGAAACAAAAAGCAGAAAUCUUGAAUCGUGUUCACUGCCUUGCCUACAACUCUCCUGGUAGGCUUCCAGUUGCAUUUAGAAUAAAAUCUGUAUUUUGGUACUACCUUCUAUCAGCCCCAGUCCCUGUGGUUGCUGCCCACGUGUCCACUGUCUCCAGCUGCGCUUGCCCUGUACACAAGUUCCGGGCUUUGCAUGUGCCCGUCUUCUGUCUUCAGACACUUCUUCUUCACCUCAGUUUGGUUAAUUAGGUCCACAGAGGUUCGUUCACUUAGAUGGGAUAUUCCCUGUUCAGAGUGGCUUCCCAGCACCAUUUGCCCGCAUUGUUCCCCACCUCACCGGGCAGCCGCUCUCUGUCCCUGCGUUCUGUUUCAUUUUUUCCAUAUCAUGUGGUGUCUUCUGAAACGAUUCACUGCCUAUAUGUUGUCUGUCUUCCCCCACUAGGAUAUGUUCCCGGGGGGCAAGAGAGGGCCUUGUCUGCUUUGCCCUUCACCUCUUAGAGCAUUACCUAGCACGUCACAGGGCCUCAGUAAGUCCUCUUGAUGGAAUGAAGAGAUUUCUCUUUAAAUUUAUGUAGAAAAGAGGAUCUUUUUAAAAAUUGUAAGUUAUUUCCUUCCCUUUUCAAGUAGAAGAUAUGAAAGCUCAGUAGACUUUGGUAAUUAGCAUUUUCCGUAAUCCAGUCUGUCAAGUUAAACUAAGAAUACCAAAUACCCUCAAAUGGAGGAAAGUUUGUUCUUACCUCCUCUAUUUUAACUUUUUUAAGAUUUUAUUUUUAAGUAAUCUCUACACCCAAUGUGGGGCUUGAACUCACAACCCAAGAUUAAGAGUCGCAUGCUCCACCGACUGAGCCAGCCAGGCACCCCUUGCAUCUUUAUUUUAAAGGAGAUUCAGAAGCAUCAGUAAUUUAAAGUUUGGGAGAAGAUUCCUUUGAUCACAGAUUGGGAUUUUUUUAUGUUUUGUGGCCCUUAGGAUCUGGAAUAUGUUGUAGUACAACUCAGGGCAGCCCGUGUUCUGAGAUACUCAGGUACUGAAGAUGAUUUUGAAAUACGUAAAAUUAAGCCUGUUAAUCUGAGACUCUCUCCAC